UCUCUCCUCUCUCUCUCAGAUGCUGUACCCGCGCUUCGUGAGAGGAGGGGGGCUCGGUUUCCUGGGGCUGAAGCGAGUGUCCUUCCUCUGCCGUGCCUUCCAGAGCUCCCAGUGCAUCCAGUACAAGCCCAUCAAGAAAGUCAUGGUGGCCAACCGGGGAGAGAUUGCGAUCCGUGUUUUCCGCGCCUGUACGGAGCUGGGCAUCCGAACGGUGGCCGUGUACUCUGAGCAGGACACCGGGCAGAUGCACAGGCAGAAGGCUGACGAAGCCUACCUCAUCGGGAAGGGCCUGCCCCCUGUGGCAGCUUAUCUACACAUCCCUGACAUCAUCAAAGUGGCCAAGGAGAAUGGUGUGGAUGCCAUCCACCCUGGCUAUGGCUUCCUGUCAGAGCGGUCGGACUUCGCCCAGGCGUGCAACGACGUGGGCGUGCGGUUCAUCGGGCCCUCCCCCGACGUGGUGAGGAAGAUGGGAGACAAGGUGGAGGCGCGGGCCAUCGCCAUUAACGCUGGGGUCCCGGUGGUCCCUGGCACAGACGCCCCGAUCGCCGCUUUGACGGAGGCGCAGGAGUUCGCCAACAAGUAUGGCCUGCCCAUCAUCUUCAAGGCAGCCUAUGGGGGAGGAGGGCGUGGCAUGAGAGUGGUGCGCAGCUACGAGGAGCUGGAAGAGAAUUACACGCGCGCUUACUCUGAGGCCCUGGCAGCGUUCGGGAACGGAGCCCUCUUCGUGGAGAAAUUCAUAGAGAGACCCAGACACAUCGAGGUCCAGAUACUUGGUGAUAAGUACGGGAACGUGGUCCACCUGUACGAGCGGGACUGCUCCAUCCAGAGGAGGCAUCAGAAGGUGGUGGAGAUCGCGCCCGCCGCCCAGCUCGAACCCCAGCUCAGGAACAGGCUGACCAGCGACGCGGUCAAACUCGCCAAGCAGGUGGGCUACGAGAACGCCGGCACGGUGGAGUUCCUGGUGGAUAAGCACGGGAAGCAUUACUUCAUCGAGGUGAACUCCAGGCUGCAGGUGGAGCACACGGUCACGGAAGAGAUCACAGAUGUCGACCUGGUCCACGCUCAGAUCCACGUGGCCGAGGGGAAGAGCUUGCCGGAUCUGGGCCUGAAGCAGGAGAGCAUCAGGAUCAACGGCUGUGCCAUCCAGUGUCGCGUCACCACCGAGGACCCAGCCCGGGGCUUUCAGCCAGACACCGGCCGCAUCGAGGUUUUCCGUAGCGGUGAAGGGAUGGGCAUAAGGCUGGACAGCGCCUCGGCCUUCCAGGGAGCGGUCAUCUCUCCUCACUACGACUCCCUGCUGGUCAAAGUCAUCGCCCACGGCAAGGACCACCAGACGGCUGCCAGCAAAAUGAGCCGGGCGCUGGCGGAGUUCCGAAUCCGCGGAGUCAAGACGAACAUUCCCUUCCUCCAGAACGUCCUCAGCAACGACCAGUUCCUGCACGACACAGUGGACACCCAGUUCAUUGACGAGAACCCGGACCUGUUCAACCUGAAGCCGGUCCAGAACCGGGCCCAGAAGCUGCUCCACUACCUGGGUCAUGUGAUGGUGAAUGGGCCCACCACCCCCAUUCCAGUCAAGGCGAAAGCGUCCGCUGUUGACCCAGUGGUUCCUCUGAGCCCCCUGGGAGACCCACCGAAGGGCUUGAGGGACGUUCUCCUCAGGGAGGGUCCGGAAGGGUUUGCCCGGGCCGUGCGGAGGAACAAGGGACUGCUGUUGAUGGACACCACCUUCCGGGACGCCCACCAAUCCCUGCUGGCCACCCGCGUGCGAACCCACGACCUGAAGCCCAUCGCACCCUUCGUCUCACACAACUUCAGCAAUCUGUUCAGCAUGGAGAACUGGGGAGGUGCUACCUUCGAUGUGUCGAUGCGCUUCCUGUACGAAUGCCCGUGGCGACGGCUGCAGGAGCUGCGCUGCCUCGUUCCCAACAUCCCGUUCCAGAUGCUGCUGAGGGGCGCCAACGCGGUGGGGUACACCAACUACCCCGACAACGCCGUCUUCAAGUUCUGCGAGGUGGCGAAGGAGAAUGGGAUGGACAUCUUCCGUGUGUUCGACUCUCUCAACUACCUUCCCAACAUGAUCCUGGGCAUGGAGGCUGCAGGCCAGGCCGGGGGGGUGGUAGAGGCUGCCAUCUCCUACACGGGCGACGUGUCCGACCCCAGCCGCACCAAGUACUCCCUCGAAUACUACAUCAAACUGGCCGAGGAGCUUGUGAAGGCUGGAACGCACAUCCUCUGCAUCAAGGACAUGGCUGGGCUGCUGAAGCCCAACGCCUCUGCCCUGCUCAUCGGAGCGCUGCGGGAUCGUUUCCCGGACCUGCCCAUCCACGUGCACACCCACGACACGGCCGGGGCGGGCGUGGCCUCCAUGCUGGCGUGCGCGCAGGCUGGCGCCGACAUCGUGGACGUGGCCGUGGACUCCAUGUCGGGGAUGACGUCCCAGCCCAGCAUGGGCGCCAUCGUGGCCUGCACCAAGGGAACGGACCAGGAAACUGGCAUCUCCCUGGAGAAGGUGUUUGAUUACAGUGAAUACUGGGAGGUGACUCGCGGUCUGUACGCCGCCUUCGACUGCACGGCGACCAUGAAGUCGGGCAACGCCGACGUUUACGAGAACGAGAUUCCAGGAGGGCAGUACACCAACCUGCACUUCCAGGCUCACAGCAUGGGGCUGGGGAACAAGUUCAAGCAGGUCAAGAAGUCCUAUGCCGAGGCCAACAAGCUGCUGGGAGAUCUGAUCAAGGUGAGCGGCAGGCUGGGGGGGACUCCUCCCCUCCGCUAGCCAAUUACUUCAGUU